UUCCUGCCGCUCUCGGGCUGUGACGUGUCGUGCUGACGGCGGCCUCGGAGCUGGAGAAGCGGGGGGCUGUAGCAGGACACUGUCUGGCUCCAGACGUCCUGCUUCGCUUUUCAGCGGUGUUCCAGAAACAACCCCCUCACCCCUCCUUCUCUGCUCGUUCCCGGCCCGCCCAAAUCACACUAAAUUCCCGACUGAAUCCUGCCCGAGUCUGGGGGAACCAGGCGGCCUGGGAAGCCGGGGACCGGAUUGAGGCCAUCCCUGCAGCAUAAAUCUGCUCCUCAGUAACAAAUGCAGUACGAGGACAAUGGAUGAGGAUGUCACCGGGCUUGCAAUACAUGCUGAAGAGCCUAAAAUAAUAAUACACGGAUCGGAUGACGGUGGUGCCGGUGGGCAGGAGUUUGUUGUGGAGCUUCAAGAGACUGUGUUGGUGUCAGAAGGUGAGGGUGAAGGCAUGGCAGUUCACAGGUUUGCCCCAGAGGAGCUAGUCAUCCAGGAUGCAGUUGAAGAUGUGGUUUCUGAGUAUGUGCAUGAAGAUGAAGAUGUUGCUGUAGAAACCUGUGUGAUGGCUCUAGAGGGCGAAGAGGAAGGCGUUGCCAUGGGAGACAUCCCGGAAGAUGGUCUGGACCCAGAGCAGCAGGAGGAUGACCAAGAUGGCUGUGGAGACUAUCUAAUGAUAUCCUUGGAUGAAGCUGGGAAAAUGGUGUCUGAGGAUGGAACAGAGGUAACUGUGGAAGGAGCUGUGGAGGAUCAGGAGGUGGAGAAGGAUGAAGACGGACAAGAGGUGAUUAAAGUGUACAUCUUCAAGGCUGAUUCAGGAGAGGACGACAUGGGAGAAUCGGUUGACAUCAGUGAUGGAGAUGCAGAGAGCGUUGCACUAACAGAAUCUACGGGCCAAACUCUCAGAGAGAAGAUGGUUUACAUGUCUGUCGGGGAUUCACACCACAAUCAAGGAAACCAUGGUAUAGAGGACAGCGAGGGCUGUGAAAACCGAAACGGUGCAGCCAGUGCGCUGCUACACAUCGAUGAAUCAGACGGGGUCGAUGAAAUCAAUAGGCAACGCACCAAGAAUAAGAGACGAUCAGAACAUCGGCAGGUCCAGACAGCCAUCAUCAUCGGUCCGUACGGCCAGCCGCUGACAGUUUAUCCCUGCAUGCUUUGUGGUAAGAAGUUCAAGUCGAGGGGUUUCCUGAAGCGACACACUAAGAAUCACCACCAGGAUGUCCUGACCCGUAAAAAGUACCAGUGUACAGACUGUGACUUCACCACCAACAAGAAGGCCAGCCUCCACAAUCACAUGGAGGUUCAUGCACUGAGCAGCAAAGCUCCCUUCGAGUGUGAAAUGUGUGGUAAGGAGUUCCACCAGCAGGGGGCUCUGUUCUCACACAGGCUGCAGCACCACCACAGGGAGCCCAAAGCCCAGCCGCCUCCUCCACCCACUAAGAUGCACAAGUGCAAGUUCUGUGACUAUGAAACUGCGGAGCAGGGUCUGCUCAAUCGACACUUGUUGGCCGUCCACAGCAAAAGUUUCCCUCACAUCUGUGUGGAGUGUGGGAAGGGUUUUCGGCAUCCUUCGGAGCUGAAGAAACACAUGCGCACGCACACUGGUGAGAAGCCUUACUCCUGUAUGUACUGCGACUACAAGUCAGCCGAUUCGUCUAAUCUUAAAACACACAUCAAGACUAAGCAUAGCAAAGAGAUGCCGUACAAGUGUGAGCGCUGUUUCCAGACGUUUGCAGAGGAGGAGGAGUUGAUGCAGCACGGACUGACUCACGAGGAAAAUAAGACCCACCAUUGUGCCCACUGUGAUCACAAAAGCUCUAACUCCAGCGACCUGAAACGUCAUAUCAUAUCUGUUCAUACCAAGGACUAUCCACAUAAAUGUGCUGUGUGCGGGAAGGGCUUCCAUCGGCCAUCUGAACUAAAGAAACACUCUGUCUCUCACCGCACUAAGAAACUCCACCAGUGCCGACACUGCAACUUCAAAAUCGCAGACCCCUUCGUUCUCAGCCGCCACAUUUUAUCUGUCCACACAAAAGAGCAGCAGGCCUCACCUGAAAAGAGUGAAGUUAAAAGGACAGAGGUGCAAACUCCCGUUGCGGCACCUAAAAAGUCUGCACCUAGUGGGUCGGGCGGCUCCGGCCCGCCUGCCAGGGUCAGUGCAGCCAGCCUAGCCAGCAGUGUGACUGUUGUUAUCGGCAAAGGACAAAAAGAGAAAAGAAUAUACCAGUGCCAGUACUGCGACUACAGCACCGGGGAUGCUUCUGGUUUUAAGCGCCACGUGAUCUCCAUUCACACAAAGGACUACCCUCACCGCUGCGAGAUCUGUUCCAAAGGUUUCCGACGGCCUUCGGAAAAGAACCAGCAUAUCAUGCGUCACCACAAGGACGUGGUGCAGGCAGAGUGACUCUGACGGAGCCAAAUACUGUGCCAGAACAAUGACCAACAU